AUGCCGCCGCGCACAUUGCUCCGGCUCCCGCGGUCCCUGGCGAGGGAUAUAGCACCGAGCGGGCCCGUCGAGCUAUGGCUACAGCACGACGGUUGCUGUAGCCAGGCUUCAGAAGCGGAAGUCAAGGUCGUCGACUUUGGCGAUGUCUUCAUGACUCGAGGAUGGGGUGCGAUCACCCGCGCCUGCCGCCCGGAGGGAGGUCACGCCAUCCACUUCGAGUAUGACGGGGCGUCGACGCUCUUCUUCAAGUCCUUCGGAGAGGACAGCCAACGCCUGGAGUGUUGCCCCAAGGGAGGAGGUCGAGGCAGCGGGGCCACCGGCGGUGAACUUGCCCUUGGCCUUGUCCGCGACUCUUCGGAUAGCAGCAGUGCAUCCUCCAGACAUGGCUCGAGCGACGACGACAGCUACGAGCCACCGCGCUGCCGUGGCCGGGCCUAG